CCUACUCCUGUUUUUCAAGAGUGACAUGUUGGGUCAGGCUCAGAGAAUGCAGAUUCAUUUUUCAUUGCUGUUGGAAGUAUUUGUUGCGAUACAUGCAGCUACCGGACAAAGGGAACUGAAAUUUGUCACUUUGGUGUAUCGCCAUGGUGACCGGUCUGCACUCCGAACGUACCCAUCCGACCCCUACCAGGAGGAUGCCUGGCCUCAGGGCUUUGGACAGCUCACUCAGGAAGGGAUGAAACAGCAUUUUGAGCUGGGACAGUUCCUUCGUAGACGCUACCGCGGUUUCCUCAGCGAAACCUAUGACUGGAGAGAGAUUUAUGUGCGAAGCACGGACGUGGACAGGACCCUGAUGAGUGCAGAGUCAAACCUGGCUGGGAUGUAUCCUCCUAAAGUUCCAAUCUUCAACAGCAACAUCUCCUGGCAGCCCAUCCCUAUACACACUGAACCUAGAGCCACUGACAAGCUCCUGUUUUAUCCAAAGCGAAACUGCCCUCGCUAUGAAGUGCUGAGGAAUGAAACAGAGGACACAAAUGUGUACCAAAAGAAAACCCUCGAAAAUAAACAAUUUUUCGAGUUUGUGAAGAACAACACAAAACUUAAAGACAUCUCUUUUAGAUCAGUGUGGAAAGUCUACGAUACUCUUUUCUGUGAGAGCCAGCACAACAUGACCCUGCCUUCCUGGGUGACCCAAACAGUGAUGGACAAGCUGAGGGACCUUAGUGAUUUCAGCCUUAAGGCCUUGUUUUCUGUUCACAAAAGAGUGGAAAAGGCACGUCUACAAGGAGGUGUUCUUCUGGGCCAGAUAGUGAGAAAUCUCACGAAAGCGGCAAGGAAUGAUUCAGCUCUGCCAAAGAAGAUGAUGGUCUACUCGGCACAUGACACCACCAUCGCAGCCUUGCAGUCAGCUUUGGAUGUUUUUAACAAAAAACAACCCCCUUAUGCUUCCUGUCACAUUUUUUAAUUGUACCAAGAAGGCAAAAACGGCACACGGACUGUGGCGAUGUUCUUUCGAAAUGAGAGCGGGAGGGACCCCUAUCCUUUGAAACUCUCAAACUGCUCCCAGUACUGUCCCCUUGAGGAUUUUAAGAGGAUCACCCAGUCAGUCAUCCCAGAGAACUGGGAAGAGGAGUGCCAACUUUCCAGGAAUCAGAAAAGCAGAGACUGCAACACAGUACUGGUGAUCACAGUGACCGUACUGGCAUUGCUUUGCUGUCUUCUCGCGACGCUCAUACUACUUCAGUGUCGGAAGAGGUAGUGGCGCUGCCAUUGACUUGCACAGCUGGGAAGGCAAGACUUUGUGGACAACGAGGAGGAUCUGUGGUUACCUCAAAGCACAUGACCUAAAGAGUUCCCUGCUAUGGCACAAUCCCCGUUUUCAUGACAGGAACGUCUUAUGUUAUGCCUUUAAUGUAGAGUGGUUUCACAGACUCUCAUUGCCUCUAUUUGACCAGCUGCACUUUGUAACAUCAUUUCUGGUAAACAAGUAAAAGCACACAGCCCCUUGUGGGGCUCAAAGUUUUGGCAGAAAGGAGAUGGCUCUGAUAUCUCAUUUGAAGCUUUCUGUGUUGGUUAGGUGGUCUCAGCAGGGUGUGGAGCUGAUUUAAAAUAAGGGAUUCCCAGUUUUGGAGGUCUGGAAAGUAACAUGCGCUCAUACCUCUGAGGAGUCAGUUAUUACAUAUAUAUAUAAUGUAUACAGUAUAUCCAUAGAAAUAACAGGGAAACUGAUAUUGAAGUGGGCAGCAGAAAAACACACACAAGAAACCUGCAAAACUUAAAGGGGAGUCUGUGUCACAAGGAUACGGUGACAUUAUCAGCAAAUCUCAAAAACAAUAUACAACUUUUCCACAGUGAUGAAAAACAAGACUAUACCUGACCAUUCACUUCACAGAAACCUGCAUUUUUUCACAUAUUAGCUGCAAACGUAGCAUGUACUGUACAAGUGCAAUGUGUACUUAGAGUAAAGGAGAGGUGGGAUCACUGUGUAAUAAUCAAAUAUUAACUAUCUGAAAUUCAAUGUAUAAUGUGUAAGUCCCUUGUAACCCAGAAUACAAAAGGGAGCAUUAAUGCAGUGUUAAACAGCAUGGAUAUUAAGGGAAGUAAGGUACAGUAUGUUUCGUUUGUACAUUAUUAAACAUUUUUAAAGGCUUCUUUGCUGUUAACAGCUGUUAUGUACUUUGGAAAGUAAUUUGCAAGGUGCUGCUGAAUGUUUGUCACAGCAAUGAACUUUGCAACAUCAUUUGGGAUUUAUUUUAAUCGGUUCAAACCCCACUGACUGUUGACCUACUGUACCACUGUUUUCGUUUCAAAAAGAUAUGGUCUUUACACGGGGAAAAUGUAAAUCGUACAAUCCUGUAUGAUCGAAUUUCUUUCCUGAAUUGAAAUUGUCUGAACUUUGUACAAAUUGAACUAGUUAUUGGUGUACUCAGAA